AUGCACGCAUCGGCCUUGUCAGAUGAUCUUGCUUUCGUUGUCGUGGUGGAAACAUCUUGCUCGCUGAUAUUCGACAUUCUUCCACCCCUUCUGGCUUCUGGUCUUUGCAUCGUCACCCUUCCUAAUACCAAAUUGCACUCAGAAGCCCAGAUGGCUGCUCGUUCAAGUCCAAACGAAGGUUCAAAGCGACUUUCGAAUGAAAUCCUUUGUGCAGCGGCCGAGGGGUUCUUGAGGGCCUACGGUUCCUGGUGUUUAGAGUCGUUGGAUGUGGAAAAUAUCAAGCACCUGGAUGCUUGUCAGAGUGCUCAAGAAGGAUGUCAUAAAGGGGGCCCAGACUCCAUCGUCCAAAGCGAACUUCUUGCCAGUCAAGUCGCCAUAAUUGCACGGCAACAGCCCCGUGAGAACCUUGCGCUACUAGCUCACAUUGCGUGGUAUUAUGACGGGCGAUAUGGCCUCCCAGAGGGAAAAUUCGACCGAACGUUCGAAGUAGAAUCUUUAAACCAGCUCUAUGGACUAUUCAAAAAGUUUCACUCAUGCCGCAAUCUACCACAGACACUGCUUGAGUAUAUACUGCAGAAGCGCGAGGUUGAAGAAUGGGCCACAUCGGUGGCGCCGGAAAAGUUCAAGAGGAUAACUGCGGAUGUCAUGCUAUCGCUCCGAGAAUCUCUAAUUACUGCCUUGAAACUUUACUGA